UAAAGUUUUAAUAUCUAAUGCUGAUAUUUGAAAUACAUUCGAUUCGUUUCAUUUAAUUUUUUCCGAAGCGAAUAUGAAGAUUACUUUAGCUUUUUGCGUUUCAUUUUCCUACACUUAGCCAGCUGUCACAUGCCAACAGUGUAUGAAUUCUGCUCGCAUGUUGUGGCAAAUGGAGACGCAGGUCAGCUGAUUUGUGAUUCGAGCCAAUGUCAAGGCAGUCCUGGUGAAAUAGGACCGACAGGGGCGAAGGGCCAAAAGGGCGAACAGGGAACUGCUGAGAAUCUGGAAGAAAGAAUUAGAGAACUUGAAGAUUCACUUACAAAGACAAAUCAGAUCAUUGACGCUUUGCCAAGAAGCACAUACUGUUAUAUGGGAAUGAGGAGCAGAGAUAUACCGGACUCAGCUAUUACAGCUUCAUCAAUAUACGACGAAUAUCAUCAGGCGUAUCAUGGAAGGCUUGAUAACAGAGCUAAAACAGAAGAUUGUGGAAGAUGGUCGCCAAAAAAAGUUAGUUUUAAUCAAAAGGGCGAAUGGCUUCAAGUAGACUUCGGAAGAUCGGAACUAGUUGGUGGAAUCAUUACACAAGGAAGAGAUGCCGUUGCACAAUGGGUGGCGUCUUUCACAGUAUCUUGUGGUCUCAGCACUAGUUCUCUGGCUACCAUCCAAGAGAGUGGGGUAGAAAAGAUAUUUGCAGGAAAUUCUGACGUAGACACCAAGGUAAUCAACAUGUUCCCAAAACCAAUCACUUGUCGAUUUAUCCGAGUUCACCCUCAGACUUGGUAUAUCUACAUCAAUAUGAGAGUCGAAUUUAUCAAGGGAGUGUGUUAUGAUCUGUACAUCUGAUGUGAUGACGUCAUUUAUCAUCUAUUUGAUGACGUCGUGGUUACUUUAACUUAACAUACAAAUAAUCUCCCAUAAUUAAAGCCAAUUUGAAAAUAUAUUAUGUAUUAUUAAUCUGAACUGACUUCUUCAACCCAAAUCAGUUUUACUAUGAUUUUCGCAAUAUUAUUUUGUCACAUAUAUAUAUAUAUACUUGCAAAAAUUA